GAGUUUCUGAUGAUUCCGAUCUAAAUUUUGCAGGACCAGGAUAUAUAUCAAGUUUUUCACACAAGAUCGGAGGCGAACAAAAACUUAUAGUUCAAAGUAUUGAUGACAAUAAUUAUAAUAUCCAAGUAUACCGACAAGAACAACAAUUAUUUUCACGAAAUGCUGAUGUUCU